UGGCUGGAUACCUACCGAAUCUUGUGCGUAAAAGCUAUUUUGGAAAGACAUCUGGAUAUCCAGAAGUAACUGUUUUAAGUGAACGACAAGGGGGGAAGCGAUCGCAGAAGAAAAGAAUAGCGUCUGAAGAAAAGCAGCUUCCAGCCAGAUCGCUGAUUUGUGACUGUCUAUUUACGGCUGACAAUCAGAAGUUUUCUCCAUGAGAACCUGACGCGGCCCUGCUUGACGAGCCUCGGACGCCAGGGAGCCGCCAAACACACAGGUCUACAGUUAUUUCUCUUUUUUUCAAUAGCUUCUAGCCAUGUGUGCAUUCUGUAGUUGGAGAUAAAGCUGCAGCUAAAGCCUGGUGUGGUUGUAAGGGAGAGAGGGAGGGUGUGCGCGCGCUCUCGCUCAGUAACCUCGCCGGACGAGAGGAGGAGGAAAUCUGGGAGAGAGGGGGAAGAGAAGCGGCGUCUCCAAGGAUGACUUUAGGGACGGAUAUGUCCGACAGCUCUGCAUUGUCCGAAGAUGUGGACAUAGAUGUGGUCGGUGGUGACAUAUCCGUUGGAAAGGACGGGAAGUACAUUCACCACGAGUUCAACUUGGACAAUGACUCGGACGAUAAUUACUCGCAGAACGCGGCGGAGAGGGUUUCCUCUCCUGGGCUCAGCAGCUCCGACUGUCCGUCGGACCAGUUGGGGUCCAGCGCAGAGUCCGGGGCCGGGAUUGGAGACAAACCCAGAAAAAGUGCACUUGUGAAGCCACCCUACUCUUACAUCGCCCUGAUUACAAUGGCCAUCCUGCAGAGUCCCAAGAAACGCCUCACUCUCAGCGAGAUCUGUGAGUUCAUCAGCAAUAGAUUCCCCUACUAUCGGGAGAAAUUUCCCGCGUGGCAAAACUCUAUUCGCCACAACCUUUCUCUAAACGACUGCUUCGUGAAAAUACCACGAGAGCCCGGCAACCCCGGAAAAGGCAACUACUGGACUCUCGACCCGGAUUCCGCAGACAUGUUCGACAACGGCAGCUUCUUGCGCAGGAGGAAGCGCUUCAAGCGGCACCAGACUAACGAAAUCCUCAGGGACUCUGGCGGCUUUCUACCCGGGUUUGGAUACGGCCCAUACGGAUACAACUACGGACUGCAGCUGCAGAACUUCCACGCAGCGCACAACCCUUACCACCCACACCACACAGGUGGUUCAUUCCCGUUCCCAAACGCCCCCUGCACCUUGCCCUCGUCAGCCUCCAUAUUCCCCGCGCCGCAUCACCUGCCCUCCCUUUUAGGGGCCGAUUUAAGAAAGCCCUUUUAUCCUCAACUCAGCCCAUCUCUGCCACCCCUCAAGACGGACUCCAGCACCCCGAGUCGGCCUUCAUUCUCCAUUGACAAUAUCAUCGGUGCUGCCAACUCCACCGCCUCUUCCUACAGCUCGCAGCCGGGGAGCCAGGCUCAGAUCCUGGCCAUGCUGACCCCAGCACUGGCCUCUGCUUCCAGUCACUUGAACUUAACACAGGAGAGCAUAUUACAACCUGGGCCACAAGGUCAGACUUUUUCCAGCAAAACCCCAACUAUGAACACUUGUCAUUUCUAGAAAAGAGAGAAAAAAAAAAGAUCUCAAAGACGCUGAAAACCUUUUAUUAAAAAAAGCCAACUGUGGCCUCGUCCUGUUAGAAGGUAGGACGUGCAUUCUUGCUGAAGUAAAAAGGGUUUUGGGCUCCUUCAGUUUUCUCACAAUGUAAGCGAGGAGAUAAGUUUAUUUAUGGUUUGUAAAUAUGUGUAUAAUAUUAAGAAACAAUAGCAAGAGAAACUCGGAGAAGGACCGUUUUUUAAAGAAAAAAACAAACAAAAACAAAGCUGACCUGCAGUCUGGCCUUCAUUUGUCAGAGCUGGGAAAAGAAAAUGAUUCUGUUGUUUUAAGUUAAAUAUGCCACCAAUGGGAGAUUAAUUCCGAUUUUUAAAAAUAUAUAAUUGAGAAUUUUAUUAUGAUUUAUAUUGUUUUUAUUUUGUGCGUCGUGAGAAAGUGGCACUGUUGUUGUUGAUACAUAGGUUGACAAGACGGCAAACUCAGGUUUUACUUAGAAAGCACAUGGGAGACAAAGAGGGGGGGUAUCCUGACAUACAAAAAAGAACCGUUUCCCCACUAGCGCUCCCCUUCGGCCUCCUCUAUAUGGUGAACUUGUGCCAAUAUCAUUUCAUGCUGUCAGUGGACACGUAGGCUGUGUGAUUUUUGGUAUUAAAGAGCGCAAUACAAUUUUCUCUCUCUGUCUCUCUCUCUCUCUAAACCUUUUAAUUGUUCGUUCUACCUAUUCACAAUUUAAUCUGUGAAACAUACAGUAUGUGUUGCCAAUAGAUAAACGCCUAAAUGUUCAUAGGUCAUUUUUUUGUUGUAAUGACGAGAAUAAUAAAUGUUUGUGAAUUUAAA